AAUUUCAAACCUCGCGUCGGCCGCCGAGCCCAUUUCAAACCCGGACGCCCCCUCCCCAAGCGCACCGAGGAAGCAGCAAGGCCAGCGGUGGUCCCUUUCCCCUCCACUGCAGUCUCCAGAGUCUAGAGACCUCCACCGUCCACUCCAAAGACGAGCAGCGGGCAAACCCAAGCACCCGCCCAAUCCGGUUCGCCUUCCUUCUCACCCCGCCCGGACUCUGCGGAGAGAUCUGGCAGCGGUGGCUAUGCCAUUGGGCGACGACGCGGCGGCGGACUUCGCGCUGCCGGACGAGCUCCUGGCGGCGCUGCCGCGGGACCCCUACGAGCAGCUGGAUCUGGCGCGCCGCAUCACCGCGCUGGCGGUGGCGGGGCGGGUGUCCGGGCUGGAGCGGGAGGCGGGGCGCCUGCGCGCGGAGGCCGCGGGGAAGGACCGCGAGAGCGCCGAGCUCCGGGAGCGGGUGGCGCUGCUCGACGCCGCGCUUCAGGAGACCAACGCCAGGCUCCGCGCCGCGCUCGAGGACAAUAUUAAGCUCAGCAAGGAGCGGGACUCGCUGGCGCAGACGUCCAAGAAGCUGGCACGCGACCUGCACAAGCUGGAGUCAUUCAAGAGGCAUCUGAUGCAGUCAUUGCGUGAUGAUAGUUCAUCAACACAGGAAACAGUUGACAUUACAACGUGUGAUCAGCCAGUAGCAUCGAAAGCAUCAUCCAGUGCAGAUGGUGGAUCUGUCAGCAACCCUGCAACGAAUAUAUUUACUGAGUCAUUGGAUGUGGGAAGCACAAACCGAGAUGGUACUGCAGCAAGGCCUCCGAUCCAGAAAUACUCUCUCACAACACACAUCACUCCCCGCCUUACCCCAGAGGCCACUCCUAAAAUAAUGUCCACUUCUGCUUCUCCAAGGCGAAUGUCUACCACAGGAACACCCAAGUUGAUGUCUGGUUCUACGUCACCGUCAAAAACUCGAAUCGAAGCUCACAUGUCAAUGACACCAUGGUAUCCAUCAAGCAAGCAAUCCUCGGCGGCAAACUCGCCUCCACGAGGACGUUCAAACCCAGGUCGCACUCCUCGAAUCGAUGGAAAGGAGUUCUUUCGUCAGGCCAGGAGUCGUCUAUCCUACGAGCAAUUUGGAGCAUUCUUAGCCAACAUCAAAGAGCUCAAUGCCCAUAAGCAGUCACGUGAGGAAACUCUCAAGAAAGCCGAAGAGAUCUUUGGUCCAGACAAUAAAGAUCUGUACCUGUCUUUCCAAGGCCUGCUGAACCGUAGCAUGGUGGCAUAAGGCUUCACAUGUCGCUUCGCAAGUCCAAUGGAGUUCCCUCUUCCCGCAACGCUAAUAGGAUACGCAAGUUGUUGCUGGCUUUUGCAGAUAAUGAGGUUGCUGCAUUGGCAACUUUAUCUAGCUGUGGAUCUGAAGGCCCAGCUGCAAGUUUUGGCCCCGUAAUAAUCCACAUCGCUGGAACGAGCGGAUCUCUCUGAACGACUGAGUGGGCAAACCAGCAGUGUUGCUUCUGUAAAAGUGGUGUGUGUACUUGCCGAAAGCGGACGACAAAUUCAUUGCCUAAAUCAGGGUGCAGUCUGUCAUGGAGCGCGUCCUUGUAAAACCGUGAAAAAGGUAAACAUGAGAGUAAAAAUCUUCAUUUCGUCG